GAUAUAUUAAAUCAUUAACGUCAUGUCAUCGAUACAAGUUGACAUGAUUGAGUGUUUUCUACGCAGCUAACUUAAUAUUUAAGGAUCCUUUUUGUAAAUUUAUUUUAACGAACGUUUUGGUUUAGUUUGUUUUCAUUAAAAACAAGCAAUGGUGAUCGAUGUGAUAACGAUAAUUUUAACGUGUUUUGUAAUCCACGUGACUACUGGAGGUUUAAAUGGGUGUGGCAGCUCCCUUUUCCAAUACCAGAAACAUGUGCGUAGGGAUUAUGAACGGCCGUCAACUGAGGUGUUUGUUACAGAACAGGGGGUUGAAAUAUGUAAAACCUUGGAUUCUAAGAAGCCUAAAGCGGAAUGUUACAGUGCCAGCUUUGCUGAGUUAAACAUUGAACUUUGUGGCCUGUUUCCAAAACUGUCGGAAUACCGUUCGGCUGUUGACAAAAAUGACCUUCAGGAUAACGGGGAUGAAUGUUGCGGAACGAUUUCAGCAGUUAUUCCGUAUUCCAAUAUUGAACUUCGCAACAUGACUAGCGCCAACGGAGACCCGUGUCGUAUUAUCCAGCUUUACGCAAGAGCGACAUGUGGGCUAUAGAACUGUGAAGUAUGCCAGUUGGUGACCACGAUACAUUAUUUGUACUCCUUCAACUACAUCAAGUGUGCCUUGCAAUUUGAACCGUUUGAAAUUCCAACAUACUGCUCAUGUCAAAGUAAGAAAUAAGAUAAACGUUGGUCCCUGUCCACUUUCACUUCAUAUCCGUAUUAUAUCACGCAUUGCUGCAUCGUUGCUCUAUAUGUCAGACGACGACAUGCAAACAAUAAUAUUCAACGGCAUGAACCGUACUGUAUUUGCUGUAACCAAGUUGAUAUUGAGGAUGAGUACCAUAUUAUGUGUAUAUGUUGUAAUAUAGUUACUAGCCGGAACAAAUACACCAUAAUUAUUAAGUACGCCCCACCCCACGUGUUUAAAUACCACAAACUAUGAAACUGUUAGCUGGUGUGAGUUGAUUUAGCUCUACAAAUCUAUCAGAACAGUUCAUUCUUUGCUUUCAAACGAUUUCUAAUUUCCAAUACUAGAAUGUUGAUUUAAACAUAUUUUAUUGCCUGUUUUCUUUCAACAUGAUUGGUAUUUACAACAAUGAUAUAGAGUAUACAGAAAGCAAAUGGGUUGGACACAAGUUCUAUCAACAAUAGUAACGUCUUUCUCGUACUAGAACGUUAAUUUGUUAAUUUGUUAUAAUCUUACACAUGUUUGUACAACAAUAAAUCCUUUAAGAUACCGGGUUAUAUAUGCUUAUUUUUCGAACAUAUCAAGUUCAUAUUUACACCUUUAUUACAUACACACACUAGUAUUUAUAAUGAUUUCUCAUUAACCAAUUCAUUUUGUGUAAUCAUAGUACAUGUACA